AUGACUCAUGAUGGAAACUAUGGCACAUUUUCGUCUCGGACUGGGGGUGUGGGGUCGGGGAGUGGAGUCAUUGAAAGACCGGGCCAGUUCAUGGACGGUGUCGGAAGCCAUUCAACUGGCAACGCAAAGGGAGCUUUGGACCAGAUGCACUGGGCGACCAAGUACCCAGCGUGCGGGGGUAGGAAACAGUCCCCGAUUGACAUCCAAAGGCGCAGCGUUCGACACAAUCCAGACAUUUUACAGCUGGAGCUCAGUGGAUAUGAUGCUCAGAAAGGGACAUUUCUUAUGUUCAACACUGGACACUCGGUCCAAAUUGACCUGCCGCCCACCAUGAAGAUCACAAAAGGCAUGCCGGGGAAAUACACAGCUGUUCAAAUGCAUCUGCACUGGGGCGGCUGGGACCUGGAAGCCAGCGGAGCGGAGCACACCAUCGACGGCAUCCGCUACAUGGCUGAGCUCCAUGUUGUCCAUUACAAUUCAGACAAGUACAAGAGCUUCACUGAGGCCAUAGAUAAACCAGACGGGUUGGCGGUCCUCGCUUUUUUCUAUGAAGAUGGACAUUUCGAAAAUACCUAUUACAGUGACUUCAUCUCCAACCUUGCCAAAAUCAAGUAUGCAGGCCAGUCAAUGAAUAUUUCCAGUCUGGAUGUGCGUUCCAUGCUUCCAGAGAACAUCAACCAUUUCUUCAGGUAUCAGGGCUCCCUCACCACUCCGCCGUGCUACGAGAGCAUCCUGUGGACGGUGUUUGAUACACCCAUCACUCUUUCGCAUAACCAGAUCAGAAAGUUGGAGAGCACCCUAAUGGACAUCGACAACCAUACCCUAUGGAACGACUACCGCAUCGCUCAGCCUCUCAACGACCGAGUGGUGGAGUCGUCUUUCCUGCCUCGACUUGGAAAAGGCUCGUUCUGUCGACAAGACGAAAUUGAAUCCAAGCUGUUGAAAAUCGAAGGUCUGAUAACGUCUCUUGGAAGGCAUGUGUAUUCAGAAUCGCAAGCUUUGUUUCCUCUGGUGCUCAACUUUCAGCGGGAGAAUUCAGGCAGUUAUGCAAAGGCCCACCUCAGCCAUCCAAUGGAUCUGGACUCCUUUACUGUCUGCAUGCACGUCUUGGCUGAAGCUAAGGGGGCACACAACAUCAUAUCCUAUUCCAGCAACACCAUCCACAACGAGCUGAUGAUCUCCGUCAGCGAGGACCGGGAUGCCAAGGAGGUCGGGCUCUGGAUCGGCAACGAGUUCGUCAACUUGCCGUACAAUGUCAAGUCCCGCAGUUGGGUCAACUACUGCAUCACCUGGUCGUCCCGCACCGGCGGUGUAGAGCUGUGGAUCGACGGCAUGGUGGGAGAGCGGCGCUACCUAAAAAGCGGUUACACGAUCAACCCCGGGGGGUCCUUCAUCCUGGGCAACGACCAGGACAGCUUGCUGGGCAUCUCGGACACAGACUCCUUCGUGGGAAAGCUUACCGAUGUCAAUGUAUGGGACUACGUGCUGACAACGGCAAAUAUUCGGGACCAGAUGUCAUGCGAAGGGAACGGCACGUCGCAGGGAAAUGUCUUCAGUUGGGGGAGCACCAAACUUAGCUUGUACGAGGGGGUGCAGCUGGAUACUCAAUACAGAUGCUCUUGA